AUGGGCCUCUCCAUCGUCCCGCUCCCAAAGCGAAUCAAGAGCCGGAAGCACGCGAGGAAGGUGACGAGCGAGUACCACCGCAUCACCGAGCGGCUUCACCACACCACGUCGAGCGACGAGCGCGCCAAGUGUGCUGCGGAGCUGCAGGCGAUCGGCGGCGUGGACGCAUACCAACAGGCAUCCCAGUUCAACACCGCCCUGCACUCCACCAGCCGCUGGGUCGCGCGGCGGCUUCGCGCCCACGGCGUCCUCGCCGCCGGCAAGCCGCCGCCUCACGUGCUCGAGAUUGGCGCAAUCAACACGCAGCUGCUCGACACGCCGGGGCUGCACGUCCGUGCGCUCGACCUCAACUCGCAGGAUGCGCGCAUCGAGCAGCGCGACUUCCUGACGCUGCCUCUCGGCGGUGCAUUGGAGGCAAGCGGCGCCUCGCGGCCGUACGACGCACUCGUCUGCUCGAUGGCGCGCUGCUGA